AGCAUCCGACACGUACCUCUCCCGACACAGAGCGAGGGGGCGAGAAAGUGGGUCUGGAGGAAGAAGCAGCAGCAGCAGCAGCCAGGAGGAGCGGCAGCCUCUUGCAAACACGCACGCACGGUGGCAGGAGAGAGUGCGGCGCUUCCCCUGCCAGCCCUAGGGCACUGGAGGGAAGAGAGAGGAGAGAUGGAGCCAGGUAUCCAGCUCCCCGGGAGGGCAGCGGAGAGCUGACGCUUUCUGCAGCCCCUCGUCCUCUGCCCCCUAUCCCACUUCCCACGGCUGAGCCAGGGGGAAAAGAGGAGGAAGAGGAAGGGGGUCGGGAGAGGGAAGCCGCACUUUGCCCCUCUUUUUCCCCGGGGAGCUCGCAGCCGCCCCGUCGAGGUCUGGGAGCCGGCGGGGGUGGCGGCGCUCCCCGCUCGGUGCGAGGGGCCGGGGCAGCGCGGGCCCGGCGGGGCGGGCAGGGCAGGGCGACGCCUCGACGGGCGGCGGGAGGGGAGGGGGGAGCGGCGGGGCGGGCGAGGACACGGCGGCGGCAGCGGGGGAAGCUGGUCCAGGGGCCACCCCCAUCCCCGCGCGCGGAGGGAGGCGAUAGCCCCGAGCUCUCUCCUCCCCUCGGAGCGUCCCGGCUUCCCCGCCAUGUGAGACUCGUUCCCGGCCCCCCCGCCUCGCUCUCCCUCCCUCCUCCCUCUCCCUCGCACACACGCCGCCGGCUCCCCCCGUCCUCGCAGCGUCUCCCCGCCGGCCGCCGAGCCCCGCUGCUCUCCGCCGGCCGCGGCUCCCCGAGGCGGCGGGGGUUCGGCCGCCCGCUCCCUCCUUCCGACGGCCCGCGGUGCCUCUGGCUUGCAGGGCUGCCCGCAGAGACGCCGCCGGCCGCGGGUACCUGCCGCCCGCCGCCGGGCAGCGCCGGGACUCUGGCCGCCGCCGCCGCGGCAUCCCGCCCCGACGUGGCUCCGCCGUGGUGCGGCGGCCCCCGCUGCUGCUGCUGCUGCUGCCGCCGCUGCCCCGCGCCCGCCGCCCGCCCCGCCGACGCCGAGAGCGGCGCGGUCCCCGCCGCCCGUCCUGCGGCUCCUGGGGCCGGGGCCGGGGCCGCUCCGGCGGCGGCCCCGGCUGCGGCGGCGGCCGCCGCGGCUCCUCCUCCUCCUCCGCCUCCUCCGCGGCCGCCGCCGCCGCCGCGGGGCCCUAAAGCCGCCCGGCUCAAGAGGAUGGUGCGGCUGGCGGCCGAGCUGCUGCUGCUGCUGGGGCUGCUCCUGCUCACCCUGCACAUCACCGUGCUGCGCGGCGGCGGCGAGCCCCACGCCCCCGCGGGCGCCGGCAACCACAGCCAGCGGCAGAACACGCUGACUGCAGAGGAGCAUUCUCCUGAGGACAGUUUCACCCUGAACCCCGAGGAGCGACGAGAAUACCCCGAUCUCCAGGCUGCCCACCGGCCAUUUCCUAAGGAGCAGUUCAGGCAGGAGAACGGGCACACGUCCUUGCAAAGAGAUGGACCCAGGUCUUUUCUCCUGGACCUCCCAAACUUCCCUGACCUGUCAAAAGCAGAUAUCAAUGGGCAGAAUCCCAACAUUCAGGUUACCAUUGAAGUGGUGGAUGGCCCCGACACGGAGCCAGACAAGGAUCUGCAGAAGGAGAGCAGCAAGCCCAGCUGGCCAGCCCCGUCACCCGACUGGAGGAACUGGUGGCAGAGGUCCUCCACCUUGACCCGCAUGAGCAGCGGUGACCAGGACUACAAGUACGACAGCACUACUGAGGACAGCAACUUCCUCAACCCUCUCGGUGGGUGGGAUGGCCAUGCACCCAGUCACCGGACAUUCGAGUCCAAGGAGCAGCCAGAGUAUGAUUACAUGGAUGGCGAGGGCGACUGGAGCCCGUGGUCCCUGUGCAGCGUCACCUGCGGCAGCGGCAGCCAGAAGCGCACCAGGUCCUGCGGAUACGCCUGCACCGCCACCGAGUCCCGCACCUGCGACAGGCCCCACUGCCCAGGGAUCGAAGACACCUUCCGGACAGCGGCCACAGAAGUCAGCUUGCUCGCAGGGAGUGAAGACUUCAACGCAACCAAACUGUUUGAAGUUGAUACUGAUAGCUGUGAGAGAUGGAUGAGCUGCAAGAGCGAGUUCCUGAAGAAAUACAUGCACAAAGUGGUCAACGAUCUUCCCAGCUGCCCCUGCUCCUACCCCAGAGAAGUUGCGUACAGCACUGCUGAGAUCUAUGACCGACUUAAGAGGAAAAACUUCCGCUGGAAGGAUGCGAGCGGUCCGAAGGAAAAGCUGGAGAUCUACAAGCCCACGGCGCGCUACUGCAUCCGCUCCAUGCUGUCCUUGGAGAGCACCACGCUCGCAGCACAGCACUGCUGCUACGAUGACAACAUGCAGCUGAUCACCAGGGGCAAAGGGGCAGGAACACCCAACCUGAUCAGCAUCGAAUUCUCAGCAGAGCUCCACUACAAAGUGGACAUUCUGCCGUGGAUCAUAUGCAAAGGGGACUGGAGCCGCUACAAUGAAGCCCGGCCUCCCAACAACGGGCAGAAGUGUACAGAGAACCCGUCAGACGAAGACUACUACAAGCAGUUUCAAGAAGCAAGGGAAUACUGAGGAGAUUUUCCUUUUCUUCAGAUGCAAAAUAGCAUUCGUUUCCUGGAUGCCAAAGAACUGAUGUUGGCUGCUGCAUUGGCUCCUCGACAGGGGUCGAUCAGCUCCUUUCUAAUGAAUGUAUAUAGCUGUAAUAUAAUACAUAAGUAUUUUUCACAGUGUGUGUAAUUUAUAAACACAUAUCUCUCUGUCUCACACACACCUAUUUUUGCAUACAGACGUACAUAAGUCUUGUCCUGAUAGGAUUUUAUACUGCAAUAACGUUCAUGUAAUAAUGUGCAUUUCAUUUUAUUUCCCAUCUGUAACAUAAUGAAGGGGGUGGGGGGUGGCUGCCAUCACCAUCAGGCCCCAAGGCCCCAGCUGAGGAGGCACAUAUUUAAAAUUUGUUAUAAACAAUGGGAUUGAAGAAUGUAUUCUUCCAUAUGGGAAUGGUUUACGAGAUUAAUGCACCUACAGCAUCAGUUUUCUCUAUAAUUGGUUUCAUGAGUAGUCAUAUCUAAGGAAGGAAGAAAUUUUUUUGUGAGGGUAAUAGUCAAAAGUGAAUACAGAAAAUCCCUAGCAAUUUUUCUCUUGGAAUUCUUCCUGUUACCUUCUAGCUCAGGUCUUUGCAGUCCACCUGGGAUAGGCUUGCAGGAAGAUGUAGCUGUGGUUUUCCUACAGGCCAGAAAAUGUCCUGGUGUCUGCAAGAGUCACAAACAGCCCCCUCCUGGAGACAUCUCUGAUACAGAGCUGCUGCAGCUGUUGGGGCUUACAUCUCCAGAGCAGCAACCUGUGAACCGAGCAUGCUGCAGGUCUUUGGAGGAGUGAGGGCAGAGAAGGAAUGCAUGUUUAAGGACCAAAAAGAUCACAGUUCCUUCCCUGUUUUUAAUAUGAAGAAUGUUUGGAUCUGCUUGUUUCUUUCUUUUAAGAAAAGGAAGAAGUUUAUUAUUUUAGAGAACAGUAAAAGUGGAAUCCACAAGUUCCCUGGGAUAAAAGAUGCAACCAGCUCUUUUCCCCCAUUUUUUUCAUGCUGAGUGCACGGUGUCCUACAGAAGUAGCUAUUCUUUAAGGGAAGCUUUCUGGGAGGAACUACUGGUGUCUUAAAAUGUCUUAAUUUUUUUAAAAAGCUAGCAUUAUUUUUGUAAAGUAUUUAUUGAAUUGUAACAAUGACUCACAUGUGGGAUAUAUCUCUAACAUGAAAGGCUUCCGUAGAUGGAACUUGAUUUCCAAGAACAUGACUGUUGUUAGGCAAAGGUUUUAUUUCCAAAUUUUUAUAAAGUACAAGUUUACAUACGCAAUCCUGUCAUAAAGCAGCUCGUAUCUGCAUUCUGAUGAAAGAUAAAAGUUACACCCUGGGUAAAUAAAUGCUUACAGUUCCAUCCUGUGAAAGACUGCCUUGCUGCAAGUCAGUGUGUUCAUUUGGAAAACCAAGGCUAAAUGUCACUGGAGAAAUGCCUGUUUUGGGGAUAUGUGGUCUGACACACACACGUGGAACCUCGCACAGUGGUAAAGCCGACCAGCAUCGCGGUCAGUCUGAGCUCAAAGAUUCGAGACAGACACAAGGCAAUUCCCUCUGCUACACACAGACACACGUAGAUGAUAUUUAAAGUCCCUUCCAGCCCAAAUCCUUCUAUGGCUCUGUAAAUCUUUUCCAUGUCUCUGCUGGCCUCUCAGGUCCGGCUGACUGCGAGCUCACGGGCGGACACGUGCGUGGUGCCCCUGGCAUUAAACACAGGCACAACAAACCCCGCUGGCCUGGGCAGGGCCAGGCUGGUGUUGGUCUGCCCAGGUGGUGCAGACCAGGGCUUCAGAGGCAGCCAGGGCCAUGCACACCCAGUCUGACCCGUGCUGGAGGCUCUGCCGGGCUGUGGAGCCCCAGUGCUGUGCUCCAGCUCUCCAGAAACACAGCAGCCAGGGCACAGCCACUGCACAUCUGCGCCAGCCUCUGCUCUGCUGAGGUAACCCCGGCAGCUGGGAAACUUGGCCAGGUCAUCAGAGCACCCCAGAGCCAGACUUGAGUUGGUGGGGAAGACGUGGAUGUGUUCUAGCACAAGCUGGUAGUAACAAAACAUGGUUAGUUGAGCAAGAGGGUAAACAUGGGGAUCACCCCUUAUUUUUUAUAGAAACCAGAUUUUGUAAAUUCUUGCAAGGUCAUAUGAAGGCGCCACUUGCUCAUGGAGCCAGUUAAAUUGACAGCAGAUGGAUGAAAGGCACAAGGAACUCCAGGAUCACUUCACAGGGAAGACAGGUAUUUUCAGAGAGAAAGUUCUGCUUCUUACUUACCAUGCAGGGGGGAACAACAUUCUCAGGUUUCUCUGGGAAAGAGAUGAGAGGGCUGUUGGUCACAAUUCUUGAAAUAUAAAACACAUCCCUGCCCUUUGUGGAUUAGUAAAUUAUGGUGCUAUUGAGAAACACUACUACACUAUUAAUACAGAACAUAGCACGUAAAGUGUCAGGGAAGAGGAAAAAUUAUUCUAAUAAAUGAAAUGACGCACAAAGUUUCGAGUCUUACCGCUCGUAAUUUGCCAAGGCUGGAAACUGAGGG